UCUCGGCGGAGCUUACUGACAACCAGCCGUCUGGUUUCCUAGGAAACAAAAUCUUGGCUAGAAAUAGUGAAUCAUUUCCAGGUCACUUUCAACAUGGAGAGUGGAGCAGGGAAGCAUUGGACUGAAGAGGAGGUUAAAGCCUUGUUAAGCGUCUGGUCAGAAAAAAAUAUCAGAAAGCAACUGCACGGCACCCUGAGGAAUAAAGGAAUAUUUAUCUACAUUGCUAAAAGGUUACAGGAGUUGGGAGUGUGCAGGGACUGGAAACAGUGCCGUGCAAAGUACAAAAACCUGAAGUACGAAUACAGAACGGUUAAAUAUGCCCACAACUCUGGGGAUGUCACUAAAACCAUGAAGUUUUUCCAUGAUCUGGAUGCCAUAUUGCGAUAUGAGCCUGUCACACAAUUAGCAGCAGAAGAAAACGGCAGGUGUUCUGCGACUGAGACGCAGCCGAACACAAGCCCCACAACAGACAGCACGCAAGGUGAAAUACCAGUUUCUUUAGAAGAUGAUGAGGAUGCUCCAGGAGAUCCACUACUUUUUAUAUCUCAUGCCAGACCAGUUCAACUAGGUAAUCCAGCAUCAGCAGUAGAGGCUUCCAAACCACCGGCUUUUAUUCCUACAGUAGCAAAUGAAGGAGGAAAACACUGGACUGUUAAUGAAGUCAGAGCUUUGAUACACAUAUGGUCAGACAAAAAUAUCCUGCAACAACUAGAGGGGACAGUGAGAAAUAAAAGAAUAUUUGAACAGGUUGCUGCUAGACUUCAAAAGUUUGGAAUUGACAGGGACUGGAAGCAGUGCAGGACAAAAUACAAAAAUCUGAAACAUGAAUACAAGAGUAUAAAAAGUGCCCAAGACUCAGGGAGUACAAGUAAAAGUAUGAAAUUUUUUAAUGAACUGGAUGCUAUUCUGGGACACUGCACCAUGGAACAAGCAAGUAAAUCAGAUAAUGAUGAAAGUGAGAGGCCUUCAGAAUGGACAGAAGCAAAAUCAGAAAAGGAUUCCUUAGAAAUGCCUGGAGACACAGGUGAAGAGGACUCUGUUAGUAAUAUGUCAGAAGACCUACAGGUUGCAGAUACAAAGAAAGUUUCUGAUUCAGAUGAUGUUACUGUAAUAACUACUCCAGAGAAUCGGGCAGCUCUGAAUAUAACGAAAGAAACAGCUAUGACAAAAAUCCUUGAAGAUGAGGGGGACUUUGCCAACUCCACCCCAGUAGCUCUGGAAGCUACACAAGUAAAGAAGGAGACGAUUGAUAUAGAUGAUGAUUCUAUAAGCACUACCUCAGAAGACAGAUCUUGUACACCAGUAGCAAAACGGAUGGUUGGGACAGACAAUCACAUUCCCUUGGAAGAAGCACAAAAUCACUUUAAAGUUAUUACAGUUAAUGAUACUGGAGCAGGAAAACACUGGAGUGAUAAUGAAGUUAGGGCUCUGAUAAACAUAUGGUCAGAUGAAAAGAUACAACAAAUGCUUGAAGGGGCCACAAGAAACAAAGAAAUAUUUGAGGAAAUUGCCAGAAGGUUAAUGAAACGUGGUAUAGACAGAGACUGGAAACAAUGUCGCACAAAGUACAAGAACUUAAAAUAUGAAUACCGUGCACUGCAGAAAGAAAAUGAGCACCUUGGAAAUCCCAAAAGAAAAAUGAGAUUUUAUGAUGAAGUUGACUGUAUCUUAAGAAGACAGCCUCUUGGAACCUCAGGCUGGGGAUGUGAAAGCUCAAGUCCCCUAUCAGUUUCAGUGGCAGAUGCUACAGCAAACACGGGAUCUUUGAGUAUCAAGAGAAAAACAUGGAAUGAUGAAGUGUCACCUGUUCCACUUAAGAAAAGUGCUUCUGAAAACACCAUACUCCACUUCCAAAAACUGUUAACAGAGAGAGUGCAUACAGUAACAGAAGGCAAAAAGUUACUGUUUGAAAGGCUUUGUAAGCAGGAAGAAAUGCAAGACCUCAACAGAACACAGCUGUAUGCUGAUCCAUCAGCCGUACAACAGGUUAUUGGAGAAACUGUUUGGGCCACAGGCUUUGAAAAUGAGCUUCAGGAAGGAGAAAUGCUUGCACUGAUGGUGGAUCCACAAGCACUAUCUGCAUAAUUGGCUUUAAAGACUGCCUUCAGAGUCAUCCUUUGUUUCUUACCAGCGAGGUCUCCUUUGAAUUGGCACAAGUAUCCAUAUGGCCAAGUGGCUAAACAACUGAUUUACAUUAAAACUAAUCUAAUAAAAAGCCCCUCCAAACAACCCUGCUGUUUUUUUAUUUCCCCCCCAAGGGAAUGGUAAUGCAAGACAUAGCAGACAGUGAAGCUAGGAGAAUUUAUAUGAACUGCACUACCCAGUGAUAACACAGGUUACUGCACACAACCUUCCCUCCAUGCAUGAGGCUCAAAUUUAAGAUAUGGGCAGACAAGCCAACCUAGCAAUCCUGUGAAAAUUACGGGAGAGCUUUAUAAUGCCUACAUGGAUGACUUACUUACAGUCAAAGUGAAGAAGAAUGAACAGUCUCACCCCAGCUCUCUAGCUAGGUUAAUGUAAUAGGAAGUCUGUUGGCCACAAUAAAUAUAACAGCUGCCUCAGAAAUGUCCUCUUGCAUCUCUUGUUUGGCACAAUUUCCCUCCUGUUUUUCCCAGUCCUUCUUACAUGGACUCAUUCCAGCUGGUUACUCCACAUUCAGAGAUAAGAGCUUAGACUGAACUACAUUUUGUGACAUGUACAUUGACGAGACCUCAACUUGGUUAGAAUGAAAUCUGGCUUUUCUUCACUUUCUCAAAAAUGAGUGUGUAGGAACCCAAGCCCUGCAGGAUGUUAUGUAAAACUACCUAGCAGAUGGAAGAGCUCACCACAGCAAAAAGGCCCUGCUCCUCCUCUCUUCUUGCAGGAAAAUCUUUGCAGAAUGUUAAGCCAGGCUGUCAUUACCUGCAGCACGCAAUGGCCUAAAACUUGAACCAAGAUAGAACUAGAAGAAGGGUUUCUUCAUCUACAUUCUGUGUCUGAAUGCACUCAGGAAUAUUUUACCAGCACAUAGAGCAUGAAUGUUCUCAUAAAAUAGCAUACAGACUCAGUACCUAACUAGGAAAAUGUCUGACCCUGUAUAUUCCUUAGGGAAUUUACAUAUAAAUAUGACUAAUUACAAAAUUUGCUAUUUAGACAAUUGAGACAUUUGACACUGCACUUCUUGCACCUGGGAGUGAGGGAUAUGUUGAACUCAUAAUGCAUUCUUGAGAUGAAACUAAAAGAUAAAUACACACCAAAUU